UAUUAAUUACAGUUACUGUUAAGACAACUCACCUAAGUAUAUUAAUAGAAGUCAUUAAAUUUUAGCAUAAAUAACUUUAAUGAUAUUGUAAUAAAAAAAAUUGUAAAGUACUAGAAGUGUUUGUUGUGAAAUAUUGUACAUUUCUCAUUUUUCAUAAUAAUCUACAAAGAAUUGUUCAAUACAAAAAUUUAGCUCUUCACAUUUGAAAUAUUGAGAUGUCUGAUGAAGAGAACGAUCGGUUUGAAAAUGAACAGUGUUUAAUCAAUAGCGAUUUUAAAAACAUACCACAUAUGCCAAGUGCUUGGGAACAAGAUAUAUAUGAUGUAGAUGAAGACCCAGAUCCACACGCUUCUCCUGAACGAGAAAUUUUGUGGGCUGCAGAACAAGGAAAUCUUGAUUUAGUAAAAUCAUUAGUUUCCAAACAGAGUAAUUUAGUACAUGUACAAGAUAAUGAUGGCUACACAGCCUUGCAUAGAGCAAGCUAUAGCAAUCAUCUAAACAUAGUUGAGUUUCUAUUAGAGAAUUGUGCAAAUCCAAAUGCUCGUACAAUUGAUCAAUGGACACCUUUACACUCAGCUUGUAAAUGGAAUAAUGUAAAAUGUGCAACUAAAUUAAUAGAAGCUGGAUCAAAUAUAAAUGCUGUUACUUCUGGUGGUUUGACUCCUUUACAUAUCGUGGCUGAAUUAUCAGAUUCUCACAAUCUAUUAGAAUUAUUAUUAUGUCAGCCAAAUAUCAAACCCAAUGAAAAACUAUUAAAUAGUUCAGAAGAUAAGCCAGUUGACAUUGCAAGCCGUAAAAGUGCAAAUUCUCGACUUUUUGAAUAUUCUGAGCCAUGUUUUAAUUAUAUAUAAAAUAUUCAAUUAUAUUUAUUCUGACCAAAGACUUAUACAAGAUGCACAUGAAGUAACAAUUAUUUUUUUACUAGGAUGAGUACUUAUUGAAUUGAUUGAUUGUGUAUAGGAAAUAUCCAUGGGUUUAAAUUUUCCUAAAACAUUUGAGCUAACAAAAUCCCAGAACCAUAAAUUACCACAUGUUGAUCCACUUAUUAUUAGAGUAUCAUUAUGAAAUAUACAGUUUUCAAUGAAAUAAUCAUUUACUGUAUGGCCAGUGUACCUAAAACAUAAAUUUAGUUAAAUGUUUUGUUCUAAAAUUAAUCAAAGUAAAAGUUUGUUUUACUCAUUUAGUAAUUCUCCUUUAUGGCGAUCCAUUAAUUUUAAAGUGUUAUCAGUGCAACUAACUAAAGUGCACAUAUUGUCUUGAGUGGAACUUAUACAAGAUAUUGGUUCUGUAAAAUUGUAAUGUCGUUAUAAUUUUAUUUAAAAUGAGGUGUAAUAAAACUUAAAGUAAUAACAUUA